CACGUCCGCCCAUUGCAUUUACUCAGGAGGAUCUUUGCUUUGGGCUGCACCUCCCGGAGACAAGCCGCGUCACGGCAACGUGACCUGUUUGAGGCCCCCUCCCUCUGCCUCACGUAACAGUCAGAAGAAAACACGGGGGUGGGAGCGCGGGUAUAAAACCCCCGAGGUCUUGUGCAACAGCCUGUAGCGGGAGAACAUCGUCCCAGCAGCCGCUACAGAUGGGGGCCGGCAGUCAACAGCCAGCCGUCGUUUAGCAGAACUUUCCCCGCCUGCCCUGGGCCGCCGCGAGCUGUCUUGUCUGUCGAUCCCAUCCCAUCCCUGUAAAUCCCCGGUCAACGUUCCAUUCCACAACGGUCAACGUCCCAUCCCCAACGGUCAACGUUCCAUCCCCAACGGUCAACGUUCCAUCCCCAACGGUCAACGUUCCAUCACCAACGGUCAACGUUCCAUCCCAUCCCCGGGCAACGUUCCAUUCCCAACGGUCAACGUUUCCAUUCCCGGGCAACGUUCCAUUCCCAACCGCCCAGCCGCCCGCGCGCUCGCGCCUGCUGCAACCACCAUGGAGGCGGAGACGCACCUCGACUCCUGCCUGGACAAAGACGCCCGCAGCCUGGGGGUGAACGACGUGUACGAGAUCGCCAAGCUGAUCGGCACCGAGCUGGAGAAGCUGAUCGACAGCUACGGCAAGGAGGCGGUGGAGGGACUGAUUCCCAAAAUCGUGCGCGUCUUGGAAAUGCUGGAGAGCUUCGUGGCCCGCAACGGGAACACCGAGCAGGAAUUGAUCCGAGCCUUCGUGAAACUACAGGAUGGCGAGAACAGUGCGGGUCACCACUACAACAAGGAUGUGGAUCAGAAGAUAAACUCUUGGCACAGCCGCAUCCAGGAACUACAGGCACAAAUAUCGCAGCUCACUGGAGAAAACCAGCAGCUCGUUAACCAACUCGUUGAGAUCCAGUCCCAGGAAGCAAAUCUCUCUAAGAAGGAACGGGAAGUCAUGCUGAAACUAAAAGAAGUGGUGGAUCUUCAAAGGGAUGAAAUUCGAGCGAAAGGUCAUGAAAUCUACUGCAAAAACGAGGAUGUCGAUGCGCUACAGGAGCAGCUCGAUCGGGUUCUGAAGGUCAACAAUGACCUCCGGCACAAAACCAACAUCGUUCAAAGCCAGCUGAAGAAGGUGCUGGAGAAGAAGGCUGAGCUGGAGGUGACGGUGCAGGAGAAGGACAAGGAAUUAGACCGGCUGCAGUCCCACCUGGCCCAGGUCAACAAGGACAUCCGCAACGACAAAAAGGUAUUCCACUUCCUUCGGUCGCGCUUCCCUAAACCUCCGCCCGUUAUUGUGGGCGAGAGGCGUGGAAAUCAAGGACCAGUCUCACCCAGGCCACUCCCUCUUCUCCCCUCUCCCAUUGGGCAAAAACGUGCCCCCACCGAGAAUUGGACACGUGCCUUGCCUCUUUCUUUGAGCGCCUGUGACCUUUUCUAUCAGAUCACAACUCUCGGCGAUGAAGAAGAUAAAGACACACUUCCUCUUCCCAGCUUUCCACAAGAUGAUAUCGAUUCCAAGCCGCCUGAGUCGAGAAUCAAAUCUUUAGAUCCAGCUCCACAGUUUAAAUCUACUUUGCAAGGUAUCAUAUUCCACGAAAUCCAGGUCUGGAUUUUGGAACUGCUUUGCAAAGUACUAUCAGCCAGGUUUGGAUUUCUUUAUCGAGGUAACAGCAUCAAAUCACCAUCAACCACCAAAGACUUGUCUGAAGCAUGGGAAGUGAUUGGGCCCCAAGGAAAUGAACUUGUGCGAGAAAACAAGCCAACGAAUAAAAACUGAGGGAAAAUCUAUUUGCUUUAUAUUCUUUUGACAGCUAUUGUGCUGAAAGCAUUGAUUAUAAUCGGGCAACAAUAAAAUUCUUAAAAAGCGGGCGGCACAGUGGCGCAGCGGUAGAGUUGCUGCUGCUACGAUCCAGACUAUGGGUGCUGUCUGUACAGAGUUUGUACGUUCUCCCUGUGACCGCGUGGGUUUUCUCGUUUCCCCACACGCUCAAAAGCUACAGGUUUGUCGGUUAAUUGCGUAAUUGAAAUUUGUCCCUAGUGUGUUGGACAGUGCUCGUGUACGGGGAGAUCUCUGGUCAGCGUGGACUCAGUGGGCCGAACGUCAUCGACUGACGUAUCAGGGUCUCCGAAAGAUUUUGAACAUUUCAAGAUCCAGCAGCGACAAAAGAAAAUGUUGCGACACUUGAGGAAACUCCGCUCGUCGAUAUGUUGUCAUCGUCACGUCACGCCGCAACUUUUUUGGUGACCUGAUACGCCAGUCAAUGAUGCCGGCAGUCGCCGAAAAAAAUCGGCAAGUGGGACAGGCCCUUAAAGCUAUUUUAACUCAAUAUAAUUGAUGCCUUUAAAUUACAGAAUACCCCCGCAUGACAAAGGGAUCACAUUCCCAAGACACUGUCCUUAUUGUGAUUUACUGUAACAUCAACCCUUGACAAAAUUUGUUAUUGUCACAUUUUAUAUUUAUUUAUUUUCCUAUCAGAUAAAUUGUAUUAAUGCAAAUUUUUAUUCCUUAUCUCUUAAUUAUUUUGGUGGUGAUUUGUAAAUUCCAUAAGGACAAAUCUCUUUUGCCUGAACUGCCUUAAUAUGGGGGAGGGUGAGGGGAGUUUACACUGUAUAUCAUUUGUAUAAAUUGUAAAUAUUUUUGAAAGAUUUUUCAAAUAAAUGUGUAUCUCUGAAGUA